AUGGUAUACCUAAAUUCCAUUUCGUCGAUUUCUAAAAAUAAAAAUUUUGGUACCGUAUCAAAUGCCAACAAUACAUUUAAGAAAUCGGAUUUAGAUGUCAAUCUUUUCGAUACAGUCGACAAGCUGUUGGAGCUGAAAAGUGAUAAUGGAUCAUCAUCGCUUGGCAGUGACAUCGAAGUGAACAAAGCUUCCUCCAAAAGCAGCAUGUUCAUCACUCAUAGUAAAAUAAACUAUAACUAUAAUAAUAACAAUUCGAUUGGUCAACACCAUCACAACAACAACAACAACAACAAUGGUUUAUCUCCAAAACAAGCAACCAAAAGCAACAACAACAACAAUCGAAAUAGCAAUGAAAACGAUGUAUUCAAUUCAGCAUCCGAUUUUCUAGAUGAUUUAAUAGAUGGAUCGAAAUAUUAUUCAAAUAUUUGGUUAAAACAACAAAAUUCAACAAUUAAUAACAAUAGCAACAACAAUAAUAAUAAUCAAAGUAAUCAAAAUAAUCAUCGUCAUCACCAUAAUAAUAACAAUAAUAAUAAUAAUAAUAAUAAUAAUAAUAAUAAUAAUAAUAAUAAUAAUAAUAAGAAUUUCAAAGCUAAAUCACCAGAUAUAAAUUUCAAAGAGAUUUUGGAUGAUGAUGAUGAUGAAGAUGACCUAAAUUCACUUUUAUUAGAUAUUGAUUCACUUGUGGUCGAUUUGCGUGGGAUUGAAGACAAUCUUCGAAAUUCAAGAAGAGAAAUCAAAAUCCCACCAACCUCUGAAGUUAAGAAGCACUACGCAGCACCAACCACCAUCAGUUCUACAUCUAAAAUAUUCUCAAGAUCAGAACCGAGUCUGCCAACACUUCCACCAUCGACUACCACCUCACCAACUCUCCUAAGAUCAAGUGCAGAGAAUCUAGAUCAAGUCCAUCACGUGGAACAUCAACAAGCUGUAGAUGAUCAAUACUCAUCAUCAACGACAUCUCCAGAUCUAUCAUCAGAUAGUUCAUACACAACGAGUCCAGUUACCUCUUGGCUCAACGGAUCGAUUCCUUCACCAAAGCUCUCUGGUAGCUCAUCGAAACCAUCUGACUUUAUGUCUAGCAAAUGGCGUAGUAACGGCAGCAAGAUUUCAUGGAAUCAUCCAAGAUCCUCAACCGACCCCUCCAAAUACUCGUUCACCAGACAAUCCGUGGUCAAUAUCGAACCUGUCAAUCCUGGAUUGAAGCAUAGAUCAACUUUUCCAGGUAGUUUCAAUGCUGCUGUCGACAGCAACAGUAACACAAACAGUGGUACAAGCAGUCCAAGUAGCAAGUCGCCAACAGUCAAACAAUCUCCAUCGUCUUCAACAUCGACAUCACCGUCUGUCACACCACCACAGAUGCAAUCACCGAGAAACAGCGGUAUCGUUAGCCAAGCUAGAAAGGCGACCAUUGUCCACUCGAACUCACUAAUGGAGAACAUGCUCCCAAUCCCAUUGAUCUCAUCAUCUACACCGAUCGGUCCCAACUCCACAAUCAUUUUCGGCGGAAAAGGAAUGGAGCACUCAGAUCACCCACGCACAACCAUUAAAACUAGCAUCAAUGAACUCAGACAAUAUCGUAAUCUAAUAGAUCUUGAAAAUAACCAAAAAGUUAAAAGGGUAAGAAGCAAAGAAGAAAUUAGUUCCAAGGAUGAGGAUGAAUUACAGGCAAAACGACAAGAUCUACAACAAAAGAGUGAGAAAACCUGUAGAUUCUUUCGUGAGGAGCAUCAAAUCGAUCUUUUUAACGCCUACCACAACUAUUUCGUUAUCCGCAACCUCUCGAUGGAAACAGAGUUGAUAGUGACAAAAGAGAAGAAAGAUAAUCUAAAGCGAAGACUCAUCGAUAUUGGUCAUCUAUCAAGAUUUCUAGAUGAUGACACCAUGCGAAAGAAUCUCUUGGUCUACUCUACCUUUUUCUUAAAAACAUUUGAAGUUAUGAUAAACAAAUCUAUUCGUACCAAUUUGAAUAGAUUAAAGAAUUUAGGUCAAGAAGAGAAAAAGUUGAAAUCAAUUUAUAAGAAUAUGCGAUUCUUAUAUCAAUCGGAGACGAUUGAGAAACGAUCAAAGAAACUCAAGGACAUCUUGAACCGCUCUGUGUGUCAUACCAACUUCCAUCACUACUUCCCAUGGGAUGAAAACCUGGUCGUCCAACGAGAAUUCGAUAUCCUGGCGAUGGACAGUCGUUUUAUGGAGGGUCAACACCUGAAGGAGCUGAUAUCGGUACUUUCCGAGGAUGUUCUCGUCGACAAGAAGAUCAAACCGAUCGAUAUCGAAGACUUUAUCGAGCGAUUCUCACUCAAGAUGAUCGAUCUCCACAACUUGCCAUCAACUAUCACACUCUUUGAGGUUCCCACUCAAAACCUAAUUGUACAGUUCACCAAGCGACUACUCUAUCCCCGUAUCCAAUCACUCACCAAAUCCAUCCUCAACAAAUGUGGAUCCAUCACAAAAUACAACGGUGAAUUUCAAUCAAAGAUGGAUUUCCUACGUACUAAAUCAAUACAAGAUUUAAAACUACUUCCAUGUAAUUUUCCAGAAAAUAUCGAUUUCUCACACAAUAAUCUAUUUGAUAAAUCAAUUUCGAUGAUCAACGAGAUUGUAUAUCAUGUAGUUCCAAUUGAUAUUGUAUAUACAAUUCAACAGACAAUUAGUUCCAUCUAUAAUAUAUCGAUGGAGCUAUUCAACUCUUACCAAGCCAAGAGACCAUCGAAUGCAUUCACUCGUGCAUUAAAGAAUACAAACAUUUCCAAAAGUUCCAGUUCUUCCUCGUCUUUCCUAAGAAAUUAUCUUCAACCAACAUCAAAUAACAAUAGUAAUAACACUAACAAUGCCAACAAUGACACUACUUCUUCAUCCUCCUCUUCCUCCAAUUUAUCUAUUUCAUCAACGGUAUCGACAUCACCCGCAUCAUCACCAUCGAACCCUCAAGCAUCAUCAGUUGAUACUUUAAAUAGUAACUCAACAAUGAGUGCCGACGAUCUAUUCCCUCUUUUUGUAUAUGUACUUAUACACUCUGAUGUGAUUGGAAAUUCCUCACUUACCAUAGCACUUCUCGAGCACUUUACAACAGAAGCUGAAAACUCUGGUGAAUUUGGUUAUCACCUUGUUUCAUUCCAAGCUGCCAUUUCACACUUAGAUCAAUUAUAA